UUCUAGAGCAAGGGUCCAGACUAGGGGCCACUUGGGUGAGGUGAAGCCCGGGUGGCAGCAGCUGUGGGCUGUGCGCAGGCGCGGAACUGACGGGACCGACCGGGUGACAUCGGCGCAAGCUGGUGAGAAGAGAGCGAGGGUCCAAGGUUUAAGAAGAUCCUUUUGUCCUGAAAGAACACAUUUGCUGCUAUAGUUUCAGAAUGUCAAGUACUGUGGCCUACUGGAUUUUAAAUUCUGUAAGGAACAGCAUUUCCACAUUUCAAGGGGGUAGACGUUUAUACUCUAGAUAUGUCUCAAAUAGGAGUAAAUCAAAAUGGAAGCUCUUUUCUCCGGUGCCACCCACCCUAAAAAACAGUUCCCCAUGUGGUAGCUCUCCUCUUCAGAAGGCAUACAGACACACGUCCACAGAGGAAGAAGAUUUCCACUUACAACUUAGCCCUGAACAGGUAAAUGAUGUACUUCGAGCUGGUGAGUCAGCCUACAAGAUUCUCGACCUUGACAGUGGAGUCCCAAAUUCAGUGUUGCAGUUUGAGAGCAACCAGCUGGCUGCCAAUUCCCCAGUGGAGGACCGGCGAGGAGUGGCCUCCUGCCAGCAGACCAGUGGACUGAUGUUCGGCAUUUUUGAUGGACACGGUGGUCAUGCAUGUGCGCAAGCAGUAAGCGAGAGGCUCUUCUACUAUGUGGCUGUGUCGCUGAUGUCUCACCAGACCCUAGAGCAGAUGGAAGGAGCAGUGGAAAGCAUGAAGCCCCUGCUGCCUAUCCUGCAGUGGCUCAAGCACCCAGGGGACAGUAUCUACAAGGAUGUCACAUCAGUACAUCUUGACCACCUCCGUGUCUAUUGGCAGGAACUGCUUGACCUACAUGUGGAAAUGGGACUGAGCAUUGAGGAAGCAUUGAUGCACUCCUUCCAGAGACUGGAUUCUGACAUCUCAUUGGAAAUCCAGGCCCCCCUGGAUGAUGAGGUGACAAGAAACCUGUCACUCCAGGUUGCUUUCUCUGGUGCAACAGCCUGCUUGGCCCAUGUUGAUGGAAUUCACUUGCAUGUGGCAAAUGCUGGUGACUGCCGGGCCAUCCUUGGUGUCCAGGAGGACAAUGGCAUGUGGUCUUGUCUGCCCCUCACCCGUGACCACAAUGUCUGGAACCAGGCUGAGCUGUCCCGGCUAAAGAGGGAGCAUCCUGAGUCAGAGGACAGAACAAUCGUCAUGGAUGACAGGCUGCUGGGAGUCCUCAUGCCCUGCAGGGCUUUUGGGGAUGUCCAGCUAAAGUGGAGUAAAGAGCUGCAGCGCAGUGUCCUGGAGAGGGGCUUUGAUACUGAGGCCCUCAACAUUUACCAGUUCACUCCCCCACACUACUAUACUCCUCCCUACCUGACUGCUGAGCCUGAGGUCACAUACCAUAGGCUAAGGCCCCAGGAUAAGUUCCUUGUGCUGGCCUCAGAUGGCCUGUGGGACAUGCUGAGCAAUGAGGACGUGGUGAGGCUAGUGGUGGGGCACCUGGCUGAGGUAGAUAGGCACAAACCAGACCUGGCCCAGAGACCUGCCAACCUGGGCCUCAUGCAGAACCUGCUGCUGCAGAGGAAAGCCAGCAGGCUCCUUGACACUGACCAAAAUGCAGCUACACGUUUAAUCAGACACGCCAUCGGGAGCAAUGAGUAUGGGGAGAUGGAGCUGGAGCGGCUGACAGCUAUGCUGACAUUGCCAGAGGACUUGGCAAGAAUGUACAGGGAUGAUAUCACUGUUACUGUGGUGUAUUUUAACUCAGAAUCUAUUGAUGCAUAUUACAAGGGAGGUUAAGAAUCUCUCAUCCUAUUACCAUGGUUAACAUAAAUGCUUUUCUUCCUUUUUUUUUUUUUU